GAACAACACGUGAUUCCCGCGGAGCAGCGAGGGAGCCGGGGGAGGGGAAGCGAGGGCGGGCGGCCGAGGCAGAGGAGGGCAGCAGCCGCCGCCGCCGCUUUAAAGCCUCCCGGCGCGGCGCCGCGCAGCACCCGCUGCUCCCCCGGCCCGGCGCGGCGAAGCGCGGAGCCGGGCAGCGGCGCGGGCUGUGCCUCCCGCCCAAGGGCACCCGCGGCCAUGCGAGGCGGCCGCCCCCGCGGCCGCAGGGCUCGGCGCUGCCCGCCGCGGCUGCCCGCCGCCCCGCGCUGAGCAGAGCCGCCGCCGCCGCCCCGCGGCACCAUGUCCCGGCGCAAGAUCUCCUCGGAGUCCUUCAGCUCGCUGGGCUCGGACUGUCCGGAGACCAGCCCUGAGGAUGAGGGCGAGUGUCCCCUGUCCCGCCUCUGCUGGAACGGCAGCCGCAGCCCCCCCGGCCACGCCGACGCCCCCUUCGCCUCCGCCGCCACCGCCGCCGCUGCCGCCGCGGCCAGCGCCGGGGCUCGCCGCGCUCUUCGCCGGCGGCGGGUCAACCUGGACUCUCUGGGCGAGAGCAUUCGCCGGCUGACGGCACCCGCGCCCCAGACCAUUCGGCAAACUCUUCAAAGGACACUGCAGUAUUUUGAGCAUCAAGUUAUUGGUUACAGGGAUGCAGAGAAGAACUUUCACAAUAUAUCAAACAGAUGCUCCUAUACAGACUGCUCCAGCAAUGAAGAAACUGAAGAUGUCUCAGGAAUUCUCCAAUGUACGGCAAAUGUACUUGGUUUGAAGUUUGAGGAAAUGCAAGAAAAGUUUGGGGAGGAAUUCUUCAAUAUCUGCUUUGAUGAGAAUGAAAGAGUUCUUCGAGCUGUAGGUGGGACCCUUCAAGAUUUCUUCAACGGCUUUGAUGCUUUGCUGGAGCACAUUAGAACUUCAUUUGGAAGACAGGCCACCCUGGAAUCCCCUUCUUUCCUAUGCAAAGAGCUCCCUGAAGGCAAUCUCAUGCUUCAUUACUUUCACCCACAUCAGAUUGUGGGAUUUGCAAUGGUGGGAAUGAUAAAGGCAGCAGCAAAGAAGAUUUACCACUUGGAAGUGGAAGUAGAACAGGUCACUAAUGAUAAGUUGUGUUCAGAGGGGAUGAACACAGGUAACUGCGGUUGUCUGACUUUCCUUAUCAAAGAACAUGAAAAUGCAAAUAUCACAAAAGCACUUCCACCAGGAACUUCCCAGUCCCCCUUAGACCUGAGGAUUAGCAUCAGCACCUUCUGCAGAGCUUUCCCCUUUCACCUGAUGUUUGAUCCAAACAUGCUGGUUCUCCAGCUUGGAGAAGGUCUUAGGAAGCAGCUCAGAUGUGACACUCAUAAAACUCUGAAAUUCCAAGACUGCUUUGACAUAGUUUCUCCUAAAAUCAGUGCCACAUUUGAACGAGUUCUCCUGAGAUUAUCUACUCCCUUUGUCAUUCGGACCAAACCUGAGGAUUCUGGCUCUGAAAAUAAAGAUAAGGUGAUGGAAAUUAAAGGACAAAUGAUUCAUGUGCCAGAAUCAAAUUCAAUUUUGUUUCUGGGUUCCCCCUGUGUGGACAAGCUGGAUGAACUGAUGGGCCGAGGCCUCCAUCUUUCAGACAUACCUAUCCACGAUGCUACUCGCGAUGUCAUAUUGGUUGGGGAGCAAGCAAAGGCUCAGGAUGGCUUGAAAAAACGAAUGGAUAAGCUGAAGGCAACACUAGAAUGCACACACCAAGCCCUGGAAGAGGAGAAGAAGAAAACAGUAGAUCUCCUCAUUUCUAUUUUCCCUGAAGAAGUGGCUCAGCAGCUGUGGCAGGGGCAGCAGGUUCAGGCCAGGAAGUUUGAUGAUGUUACCAUGCUCUUCUCGGAUAUUGUUGGCUUCACUGCCAUCUGUGCACAGUGCACACCCAUGCAGGUCAUCAGCAUGCUGAAUGAACUCUACACACGGUUUGACCAUCAGUGUGGAUUCCUGGACAUCUACAAGGUGGAAACAAUAGGUGAUGCAUACUGUGUUGCAGCAGGGCUCCAUAAGAAAAGCCUUAGUCACGCUAAAGCCAUUGCCCUCAUGGCACUGAAGAUGAUGGAGCUUUCAGAAGAGGUUCUUACUCCGGAUGGGAGCCCUAUUAAGAUGAGGAUAGGCAUUCACUCAGGAUCAGUGCUGGCUGGUGUCGUUGGUGUAAGAAUGCCACGUUACUGUCUCUUUGGGAAUAACGUUACCCUUGCAAGCAAGUUCGAGUCAGGAAGUCACCCACGCCGCAUCAAUGUCAGUCCAACCACAUACCAGCUUUUGAAAAAGGAAGACAAUUUUAUUUUCAUCCCUCGUUCCCGUGAAGAGCUUCCAGAAAACUUUCCAAAGGAAAUUCCUGGGAUCUGUUACUUCCUCGAGGUCAGAAGUGGUCAGAAGCCGCCAAAACCCUCCAUCUCAUCUGCCAGAAUGAGAAAAGUUUCUUACAACAUUGGCACCAUGUUCCUCCGGGAGACUAGCCUAUGAGGCCUGCUGCAGAUCAAAGACUCAUCAAAAAAGCACAAGCCCAGAACUGGGUCAUGAUAGGGGAGUUGGAGGUUCUUUCUGUUUCACUGCCGUGUUCUGAACAGGCAGUGAAAGCUCCAUGUAAUGUCAGGCAAUAAUCAUUUAAAAAGGUGGGUGAUUGCUGUCAGUAAACACAGUGGAGAUAGGAAUAAAAAGAUUAAACAACGUACUUCCACUUCCAGAGGAAUUUCUUUCAUAAACUUCGGUCUGGCCCCACUAUGGCAAACAACAAACAAAACAAAACAAAACAAAGAAAAAUCCCAACUCUCAAAUUAGAGGUUGGUUUUGUUUUGUGCAGAAAGGAUGAUGGUUCUCUGUAGAUUUGCACCAGCUAAGCAGAAUUGAGAGUCAGUUCUGAUUAUGCAUUCCUACAUUUAAUGUGUUCUUCAGUAAGGUAAUGAUGUUUUUUAACUUUAUGAACAAACAUUUCAUACAUAUACUGUAGACCUGUUGUAACCUUCCUGUCAGGAGGAAUUAUAAUUCAAUACAAAUAUUGUAGUAAUUUUACCUAUUUUUAUACAUAUUUCACUUUCUGGAUAAUUACAUUCCACAUACUAUAAGCUGAGUGAGCUUAGGUAGCUUUUCAGAAGAAGCUACUGUAUAUUUCAUACAUUCUACCUGUCAAACCUUAUUGUUAUACAAGUGGGAAGAGUCAUUUUUUGACUUUUUUGGCAACAAAAAUAUCAGAUUUUACAGAAAAAAAGCCACUUUGUUAAGUCUCUUUGCCUGAUGUUUGUACUAAAGCUGUAGAUGAGCAUUGUCUUGCUUAUAUAAUGUUCAGUAUUUGUUCUACAAUGCUGUAUGUCCAGACCUUCCAGGACAAUGCAAACAAAGUGUAGAAUGUCAAUGUGUUGACAAACAGAGAAGUUGUGUUCAGUGGGGCUUGUUUCCCACUAAAUUAUCAGCCAAAUUGAGUUUUGGUAAAAGUCCUGGACUUUUUAAAAAAAAAUGAUUUUGUGGAAACUUAUUCUGAGGAAUUCCAGCAGACACUGGAAGCUCUCUGGAUACUGUUUGUCCAUAUUUUUUUUUUAAUAGGGCUUGUGUUCCUAUUAAAAAAAAAUAUUGAAAAUCCCACCUCUUAAUUAGUAAAUUAAUUAUGCUCACCAUUAAUUAAUAAUUAAUAAUGCUCAUCUGGAAAUUUCCUCUAUUGCUGGAUUGGCUGAAAGGUCCCCUACUUUAUCUAAUGUAGACCAAUAAAACAUUGAAAAGCAGAAGGUGGUACUUCCUCAGGUUUAAUCCAAAUGGCAGUUCAAGAUUUAGAUGAGUCCAUAUCAAUUUAAAAACAAAAGAGAGGCCAGUUCUUUGCUAUUUAAAAUCGAUAUAGCUUUAGAUCAAUUUUCAAUGAAUCCAAUUGAAACAAGAUGUGGAUCUGUCCCCUAAUAGGCACAUUUUCAGGCACUUUUUAUUUCUCAGGUUUUCAAAACUAAUAAAUUAGUUUUUUCAGAACUAGUAGCAUCCAGUUUUCCUCUGCAGGUGUUCUUCCUUUAGGGUCAUUCUAAAGUGGGCCAAUGUAGUUCUGCUGUUGCAGAUUGUUAGUUAAUACUUGUGCAGCGAUUCCAAAGUGGCUUAGCUUUACAUGGAUCUGAUCAAUGCCCACUGAAAUCUAAGGUAAGACUUUGAACAGCACUGGGAGGCAUGAGAUCUGCAUUUCUGUAAUCCAGACCAGAAAUUAUUGACAGAAAAUCCAGACCAGAAAUCCAGACAGAAAAUACUUGAGGCAUCUUUUGAAAAUAAGUAAAUUAGUUGCACCUCAUGUCCAGAUUAUCCAGUUAUAUCUUUCUGUGGAGGGAAUGACAGUGCUGUAUUUCUCCCCUUUGAGCAGUAGCCCAUUUUAGCAUGGGAACAAGUCAGAAUGGCACUGCUAGCCUGUGCUGAACAUGUGUCAGGCUUCCUUUCCUUUUCUGGAUGAGAAAGGAGUAUCUUGAAACUAUACAGACCUCAGCAUGUAGAGGACGCCUGGACUUCUUAUGUAAGAGUGGGGUUUUUCUUGCCUGAAGAGGGUAGAUGUAUGGGAAUUAGCCCAGCAACUUACUUUAAUGGAAAUUCCCUCACUUUCUAGAGGAACACUGAUGUUAAAGAUUUCUUCCAUUGAUAUUAGUGCAUCUUUGGGAUUGGAGGAAUUAAUCUUUCAUCUGCCUUGAUAAACAACAUCUGCAACUCUACUGCCUAUCUGAGAAAUGACUUAACAAAAACUAUUUGAGCUUGAGGUGAAGAAUUUCCAUCCAAACUACUGAUCUGAGAAUUUUCCGUGUAGGAUGACAAGUUUUAGCCUAUAAUCAUUAGUUUGUAUUUACACAGGAUGUAGCAUGCAUUUUUUUCCUGGGAACAUCAGUGAAACCAUGCAAGAAUCAUAAAUGGAGCAAAGUUCAUGUUUCACCUCUGGAAGAGGAGCAGCACUUCCUAGCUAAUAAGGCUGUGGUUUUGAUGUCAUUACCUAGUUCCCUAGGGUAAAAUUUUUUCAAAUAUCAAUCAAUAGAUUAAGAUUUUAUUCUGAUUUCACUGGCACAUCCUCAUUGUUCGGUACCUGCCAAUGUCACAGUACCAGUAUCCCCAGCCAAACUCCUUCUCUUCUUACCAUCCACAGCCCUGUGUGAAGAUAACAAAUGUAGAGGUUCAGACCAAAAGCUUGUAGCUCAAUGACUUGUCUAUCAAUCACACUUGCCAGUAAGAAAUGCCUAGGUUAAUUCUGCGGCUAAUCUUGGUAGAUUGAUGGGAAUAUUUUCAUGAGAAGUGAUGGAUAAAUGCUAAUUCUACUAGCAAAUUGGAGAGGCAAUCUAAAAAAUUUUUGUAUCGCCAUCUUCAUCCUCUCAGAGACUGUUUAUUCUAUCAGGAAAUUUAUAAUAGCAGAGAUCAAUGCAAAACCUGAAUAUUGGUGUCCGUAUCACCAUGGAGACAAUGACAGUGUUUGCAAAUAAAUCAUCUAGCUCCCCAAAUUAGAGUAGAUUUACUGUAGAAGAAUAUAUAGUCUCUGCUUUAUAUAAGCUUUUGUAAAGGUAAUGUGUCCAGAACUUCAGCACCGAUGAUAAGUAUUGUGUUAUUUGCUCCUGUGUUAUGACAAGGGAAAUUAAUAAAAAGUGUGGGUUCUCUAGGGACAUCUUUCUAUCUCAGUGUGAGAAAAGUGUAAAACAAAUUCUCAGCACUCUUUAACUUAGUAGUUGCAUCUGCUGCCUUUAAUAUUAGGUUGCAAGUUUAUUUUGUUGGACACCUUUAUGAAGUGAAAUUAAAUUAAUUAUCAAGGUUGAUGCUGUGAAGUCAAUUAGAUGGUAGUCAGACUCAGUAUUUCCUCAACACUUACUUUUAGUGAUAGGAAAUACUUUCUUAUUUGUCUGGCAUUGUCUUCUUAAAUAAAAAGGUUGUCGGAGUUUUCAUACUUUGGGAUGAGGUGGAGAGGUUAGAGGUGUUGAGGUGAUGCAAAAAUCACACACACUACCUGGAAUAUUCUUCUAAUAUUUUCCUUCCUAUAAAACAGAUGAUCUUUUGUUCCUCUGAUGUAGAAUUUACACUCUGUUUCUCCACAUAUCUGCAAGUAGCAACAUCUGCUCUCUUUAGUUUCUGUACAAAACAAGUCUACCCUCUCUGAAGAUAGAGGAAGGAGAUCUGCAUAUUACGUGUGCAAGGCAAAGGAAGGAUGAUGUGAGGACCCUAGCUGGGGUCAUCAGUUUCUUCGCUGCAAACUUGUUCUGUGAAGCUUCUCUCUGCUUCAGUCUCACAGGGACUAGAAACCAUGGACUGACCACAGAAGCAGACUCAGUGGCCAACUUUUCAUACAGAAGUCAUGAUGCCUAAGUAAACAGAGGCAACAGACAUUCUCCCCCUCCUCCCUCCCACGCACUUUCUACAGAUCUUGUGCCAGAUUUUUCCAUCUGCUAGAAGUUCCCCGUCGCACAGGCUCUUCUGUGAUGCAGUGCCUAGAGGUAAGGAACCCAGAGAAAGAGGGAAAUAGUGAUGGAAGUGGUAGAUAAAUUUUGUUCUGCAUCACUCUGGUAAUAUCUGCCAUUCAAAGACAAAAACCUCUGCAUGGGAGAAUUGCUGCUAGCAGGACUCUCAAAGUGUGGUUUUCUUGCAGGAUCCUACAGGAUAUUUAUUUCAUAAUUCCAAAGAGAUAAUAGUCAUUAACUAUGGUUGUGGUUUUGGCUUCACUACUCAUUCCCACAUCCAGUUUCAGAACUGAGUCUGUUUGGAAAGGCAUUUUGGAGCCUGGAAACAUGCCUCUGCAAACAGAAAACUAAAGCUUUUAAAACCUUGGAAAUCUUGUAUGGAAAUUGCGUAUUCCAAAAAAGAAAUCUUUGUAGUUCAGUCAUUAGCCAGUCCUACUGCAUUUCAUGUGUGAGUGUAUGCCAUUUCAUGAUGCCUUCUCCUCCUGUGCAUAGUGUUCCCUAUGAAGCCCAACAGCAGUAUGAGGUGCAUAACUACCUUUUGUCUGUUUUCCAUUAACUUCCCUCUUUAAUUUUUUUCCGUAUAAAGCAAGCAGGGCAGAACUAUGACAUGUUGCAUGCAUUUAAAAGUAUCAGCACUGCACUGAGGCUCAAACUCAAUUGGUGCUAAUCAAUUUCACAUUGUAUAUUUUUUCCGCUGAAUAGAUCCUUCUUCCAGAUGAUUUAAAAAUAAAAGAAAAAAACCCAAA